UUCACAGAUGAAUAACGACAGGCCAUGCGACACAAAACAAUUUAACAGUCAACGCACCGCACCCGUGCCCAUCCGUAUGUGGCCACAGGGUUAACCCAUCUAUAUAUCAUGUUGUCAUCCUUCGAGUGCACUGAUCACUCUCCAGGGAAUGUACAAGAAAUGGCUCGAUCUCACAUAUUUCUUUUGGUUUUGGGUGUUGUACAGGCCGCUGCAGGAUUGACAUGUGACCUAUGCAAAAGCAACUACGACAUCAUUAUCAGAGGUGUAACUGAUGAUGAAGGCAAAUGCUCGGCGUCCAAGGUGUACAUCCAGUGCUUGGUGUCGGCGACAGGCGCCGGGUGCGACACGCGGCCCAUCAAACUGAAGGUGGCCAAGGCGGAGGUGGACAGAAUUCACUCCAGUGUGUCCACGUCGUGUCCCCUGGCAGACACCUGUCGGUGUGAAUUGGAUUACUAUGGAUCAUAUCACAACAGUCAACUGGACGAAUGCUACGCAAGUAUCGUACAGCAUGAAUGUGCCGUUAACGCCACUGGGAAGGAGUGUGAUGAGAUCAGCACGAAUGCUGUAUUCAUUGUGCAGACUCAGCAGACCUGGGUCAACGUGUGCGGGGGUCAAGACUCCAUCCAUGCGCUCACCCUUAUGGCGUUCACCAUUGCAGCAACUGUUGUCGGCGUUCUCAGAGAACGAUAACUAUAACAAUACUUAUAGCGAUGACCUCAUGUAAAGCUAAAUGGAGCUCGUUUAAUGUUGAAAUGGAUUGCAUUGAAUGAGAACCACAAUACUAAUAAUAGUUACAUUGGUAUAAUCUUUAGGAUUGCUACACUUUAUCAAUUAAUUAUCAAAGUCCGAAGUUUGAAUACUGUCAACUUAGCGAGUCAAGUGUACCAGAGAAAAACCAUAAAAUUGUUGAACGCUACAUCAUGAAUAUUCAUAAUAAUAAUAAUGGCAUAUAUUUAAUUUACUAAAUUUGAUCAUGAUAAAGAAAUGUAACAUGAUGGUGUUUCUGAAAUUUGGAUACAACAUCAAUAGGUUUUGUUAAUUAUUUUCGUUAUAACUGUCUUAUCCUUAGCUGACUGUUUCGGAAAUCAUUAUUAAGGGAAAGAGGGAUAGUCCACCUGUUUGUACCCCUUUACAAAGUGUCUCCUAGGACCACACAGGCUCCAGUUUGAAGUGUCAGUGCAUGAAUGUCCCGUUAACAGCAGGAUCCGUGUGAACCAAACGUAGUAACUUCAAUCAUCUCGAAAAAAGAAAGAAAACUUGGGCAUCUUGGGGUAUGAAAUACUAAACUAACGAAUGUAAAUGUCUCAUGUACGUUUUUAGGUUAAAAUCUCUCUGAAUGAUAAUUGUAUUCAAUAUAAUCUUUGCCGAAUAAAAUGUUUUCAUCAUA